AUGCACCCCUACACUCCACCAGAUAUUUUCUCCAAUUCACGAUCUGGUGUCCCACCUUCUUAUCCUCAUUCAUAUCGUCCUCUACCUCGCAAUGCUGUACCUUCUCCCUCUCCACGCGCUCGUCAUGAAUCAAUACCGGAAGAAUCUCAACCACGUUUUCCUCCACCAUCAUCGAGCCCUUUGGGGUACUCACCGUAUCAUCCUCGGGAUGAUCUUUUUUCGAUUUCUCAGCACUCCACUCUACCAACACCACCAUCCUCAGGUGCUUAUCGACUACCUUCACCGCCGAUUGUCAAUAGAGCUACAAGAGUCGAUCACUACCACCCGGAAGACGGACCUAGUCCAAGUCGAGCGAGUACGGGUAGAGCAAGUACAAGUACUCCACGAACUGCUCAGGAUAUUUACGAAGAAGGAAGACAGAAGAAGGUGACCGGUGUGGAUAAGAUACUGGCUAAACUUACUGAAAUGAGUGGACACAUUACCACUCUCAGCCACGAUAUCAGCGCUCUCAAAAAUGAUAAUAUCAUCCUCAAGAAUGAUAAUAUCAAUUUCAGAAACGAUAAUCGCCAACUCCGAGAUAAGCUACAUGAGCUGUCGUUGGGCCAAAAAGCUAUUGCAACAAGGAAUGAGAUUACAGAAGAGAUCGGCAAUCAAUUGUCAACGCCUAUGAAUGAUAAUCUUCAGGUUUACUUGGACAAACUCGAGACCUUACCAGAGACUAUAGCCCUUUCCUUGAAAAGUAAGCUGGAGGAUACUCAAGUCUUCAAAAACAGCAAGGAUGCAGAGGCUUCAUCCUCUCUGCUCAAUCAGGUACUUUCCAAAUUCAACGAGAUUGACAAAUUCAUCUAUCUGCUUCAACCUUUCAAAGAUCUGCCGCAGGCUAUUAUUGACGUAGUUGUAUUCAAGGAUGCCCUCCAAGCUCUGACUGCAAAGGUAGAGGAUUCCUCUCAGCAGUCAGCUCUUGCCCAUCAACAUACCUUCACCAGUUCACAUCCCGUCUCUCAUCCUGCAUCAAUCUCAAUCGUCCCAUCUAUAUCCUCAGAAGCCAUGGAGAGAUUGGAACCGGCUAUACAAGCCUUGCAUGCAGCAAAGACGACUUUCGAGGAUCAAGGAUCAAACAAUAACGAAAUGAUAACCCUCCUCCACACUUUGAAUAAUGGUCAAAACGAAGUCAAAUCGUUCCUUCGCAACUUGUCAUCAUCAAAAUCUACUUCCGGUUCGGCAAUCAGGCAAAGGGCAUCAUCCACUGAACAUUUUGAGCCUACUCAGCAAAACAGUCUGAACGACCUGGCUAUCGCAGCCGCUACACAAGCGAGGAUGGAGGAAACCCAAGCAGCUCAAGCAUCAACCUUCAUGAAUUCUACCUCGACAUUGGAUCCUUUCGCUGCGGCCGCCGUGGAGUCCUGGUCCAUCGGAUCUCGAGGGUCAUUUGGUAUGAGCAGUCUCAAAAAGCCUAGGCUGUCGUCGACAGAUCCUUCCGAUAGACCGAUCACCAGAUCCAUGUCAGGCCGGACCAAUGCGCCGGACCGAUGGAGUCCCUCUUUUCAUGCUACGAAAACAACUUGCAUCAAGAACAGAAAUAGUCCAACUACUUCCUCACGCACGUUAGCUGGUCAAUCCAAAGAAGAACCAAUCGAGAUCUCCAGUGGUUCUGGAGAUUCUUCUCAGAAUGUCGGUCGUCAGGUCAGACGUCGAGGACGCCCAAAGAAGCAGGUCUCCGCUAUUAGCACCCAGGAAUCUAGUAUCCUGAACUCUGAAAUCGAAAGUCUUCCGGUCUCUCUCAAGAAUGGUUUAUUCCUAGAUCUCCAUCCGCAAACAGUUUCUCAAAAUGUGCCUUCUACUCUGACAGCGCAGAAUCCUCUGAUGAACGAUCAGCAGGCCGGUAUUCGUGAACUCCCAGAACCCUUGGAAACACAUCCAAAUAAGGGAGCAUCUUCGUCGAUUGCGUCAGCACCUGUAGAGACGAACCUGCCUACAAAGAGGAGUAACGGUAAGAGAAAGAUGGAAGUAUUUGACGACAGCUUGGAUUGA